CCGCGCCAUUCCCCUGUUCCUCCUCGCAGGGGGGGUGGCGCACAACAUAGCGGAGUGCAUGGCAGCACUCUCCGCCGCGCCCUUCCUCAUCUCCGCCGUGGGGGAUGACGCUGCAGGCAGGCCCAUGGCCCACCCUUUCUUCCCCUCAUCCGUGCUUCACCACAUUUCCCUCCGUGCUUCACCACAUUUCCCUCCCUGCUUCACCACAUUUCCCUCCGUGCUUCACCACAUUUCCCUCCCUGCUUCACCUCAUUUCCCUCCCUGCUUCACCUCAUUUCCCUCCCUGCUUCACCUCAUUUCCCUCCCUGCUUCACCUCAUUUCCCUCCCUGCUUCACCUCAUUUCCCUCCCUGCUUCACCUCAUUUCCCUCCCUGCUUCACCUCAUUUCCCUCCCCGCUUCCCCUCAUUUUCCCCGCUGCUGGCCCCUCAUUUCCCUCCCUGCUUCUCCUCAUUUCACCCUUUGCUUCCCCUCAUUUCCCUCCCUGCUUUCCCUGUAUGUACCUGCUUCCCCUCAUUUCCCCCCUGCUUCCCCUCAUUUCCCCCCUGCUUCCCCUCAUUUCCCCCCGCUGCUUCUCCUCGAAUCCUCCUCCGCUUCCCAGGAUUUCCCCCUCUGUUACCCCUCGUUUCCCCCCCUGCUUCCCCUCGUUUCCCCCUCGUCUUCACCUCGUUUCAUCUUCCUAUCUCUCACUUUCCCUCUCCCCCUCUUCCUAUCUCCCCUCUUCCCUAUCCUCCCUCUUCUUACGUGCAGUGA